AUGGGAAGGGGACCUACUGGCUGUUUUACGGUUGCCGAGCAUUUCCCUGAUUCAACUAUUAGCAGAUUAGAGAAAAUUUCCGCGCUUCAAAAAGAGCUUCAAAAAAUCGAUGAAGAAAAUUUCGAUACAAUUAACGAUUUCAUAUUAAAUAGUAUAUUUAUUAAAAAAGAAAACAUUUCGAUUCUGGUGGAUACAAUAGUUACUUUUUCUUAUUGUUUCCCCGAAAAGAUACAGAUUUAUGCAAAGUUAGUUCAGAAUUUAAUUACCAAAGCCGAUCCAAAUCAAAAUUAUCUCUCUACCCUUGACCAUAAAGUCAUCAAAUUCAUCUUUAAGUCUAUUAUACCACAUGCCUAUGAUGUACAAUUCCCAAAAUUAAAAUCUGUUGCCUUUCUAUACUUUUUGCGCAAUUUAUAUACUCUUGGAGUAUAUGAUAUUGAUACUAUAUACAAAUCUGCUAAGAGAAUCAAAAUUUAUUAUACUUUUUAUAAAUUUUUCUUCCCUGAAUUCACUAGCCUUGAUCAAAUCGAGCUGUCAAGCGUUAAAGAAAACACAAUUAAUCCUCUUUAUAUAAAUAAUAUGAUAUCCUACUAUAAAAAGAAAUCGAAUGUUUGGGAUCAACUCCUUACCAAACAUGUUGAAGAAAAUACAAUAGAAUCCAUAAUAAUAAGUGAUGAUAUUACCGCUUUCGAAGAAUUUAUCCAAAAUAAUAGUUUCGAUCCAAAUGGAUUUGCUGAGCAUUUGAUGAUGCAUCCAGUUGCAUCAGAAUUCCAACAAAUUAAUUACCUAUCAUUUGCUUGUCUGUUCCAUGCAGAAAAGAUCUUUGAUAAACUCAUCGAACUUGGUGCAAAACCAGAAACAAACAAUUUUACAACUGUUCAUUGCGCAAUUCGAGGAAGAUCUACAAAAAUUCUUUCAUAUCUUACUGACAAUGAUAUACCACUCAAAUUACCUAACAAUGACAAUGCUGCGAAGUUUGCUGUUAGAUAUUUCAAUCAACCUGCUAAUGAUUUCAUUUUCGAACGAAAAAUCUUAAGCCACCAAGUAAAAACAGCAGCAAAUGUUUGUAUGGAGUAUUGUGGUGAAUCAGGAAAUUUCAUCGCGCUCACAGAUCUCAUUGACAAAAGAGUUUAUAUCUCAUACAAUUCUGGCAAGCGCGACAUUCUUGUUGCUGCAUGUGAAAACGGACACAAAGAACUUGUUUCUAUUUUAUUGUUAAGCCCAAGUCUAAUCAUUGAUGUUCAAGAUUCAUUGAAGAGAACACCACUUUACGCAGCAUCUGAAUGCGGAUUUUCUAAAAUUGUUCAAGAUCUUGUUCAACAUAAUGCAAAUGGAAGCAAGUUGGCCUUGAAUAAAAGAACACCUUUCUAUGCAGCUGCACAAAAUGGAAAUUUGAAAUGUCUACAAUAUCUUUCUCAAUGCAGCACUAUUGAUAUUAAUGCAUAUGAGUUUAAAGGCCAAGGAAUGACAGCAUUCCAAGUUGCUAUCGAUAAUGGAUUCCUUGACUGUGUAAAAUUUAUUUCUUCUCUUCCGAAUGCAGACAUCCAUAAACAUGGAUCAAAUGGAACUCCAUCACUUAUACUUGCAAUGAAUGCAUUUAACCAAGCGGCAUCAGCCGACAUUUUUAAGUUCAUUAUUUCAUCCAAUCCAGACUUCGAAUGGAAGGAAAGGUACAAGAGGAUGACUCCAUAUAUGUAUUCAAUUGCAAACAAUAAAUUUGACAUUACCGAUAUUAUCACAAGUAUCAAACCAGUCAAAAUUGGGAACGCAGAUCAACAGAUUGUUGCAAAUCAUGUGACUGAUAUACUCAACAAUCCUUUGGAACCAAUUGAUAAAUUCUGCUCUAUUCUGAAAAAUUUAAUUAAACGAAAGAACAGCAUUUCCAAACAUAUUCUUGGACAUUCACUAUUAUAUGCAAAACGGAAUCCAGAAGAUAAUUUAGAAGAACUAACCUCAAAACUCGGUGAAAACUUUAACAUCGAACCAACACCAACAGAAACAGGAUAUUCCAUUGUUAUAAAAAAAUUGUCAUAA